AUGAAAUCUCUGACGGACCCCACGAACCUGGUAAAGCGAGUGGUGUCGGGGAACAAGAAGAGGUACAUCCAGGAUGGUUUUGAUCUGGACCUUUCAUACGUUACCACCAGUAUCAUCGCCAUGGGCUAUCCUUCGGAGGGGAUGGAAGGAGUCUAUCGCAACCCGUUCUCUGAGGUCUACAGGUUCUUCGAGACCUAUCACCCGGACAUGUACAAGAUCUACAACCUCUGCUCGGAGAGGAGCUAUGCUCCCGCGAAGUUUCACAACCGGGUGGAAUGCUAUCCGUUCGACGACCACAACGCUCCUCCUUUCGAGCUCAUGCGGAUCAUGUGCUGCAACGCCAGCGACUGGGUGGAGGCGCAUCCCAAGCACGUGGUAGCCAUCCACUGCAAGGCGGGGAAGGGGAGGACGGGCUGCAUGGUAUGCUCGCUCCUCCUCCACCUCGGCAUUUGCAACACAGCAGAGGAGGCGCUGUCCUUCUAUGCAGCUCAGCGGACGCUGGACGGGAAGGGAGUGACUAUCAGAAGUCAG